AUGACCGGUAUGAGAGUUGCUCAAUUGGUAGAGCAAGGAAAGCCUUUGAAAGUAGCGAUAAUUGAGAAGCCAACUCCGGGACCAAAAGAAGUUCUCGUCAAAGUCGAGGCCGCUUGUCUUGUUCCAAACGCUGCCAAUAUAAUAACAAAAGGCCCAGGCCAUUAUUACACCUUACCGAAAUUACCUUCUGUUUUCGGUCUGGAUGCUGCCGGUGUCAUUGAAGCUGUAGGAGAAAAUGUUAUCGGGCUAAAGGCCGGGGAUCGAGUUUAUGUUGACCCGCAUGUAUCUUGUGGCAACUGCAAACAAUGUCGAAAGGGGAGGAGGGAUUUAUGCAACCGGGGAUGCCUACGUGCGUACUUCGGUAUCGACACCCCAGAAGGAAAGGCAGUUCUUGAGCAAUAUCCCAUUGGUUCACUUUCACAAUAUUUGUUAUCGCCUGAUGCAAAUAUCGCCGUGAUUCCUCCCUCGAUCGACAUUAACACCGCAGCUCGACUCGGUUACAUCGGUACUUCAUAUGCAGGUCUGAAGAAAUGUGGAAUGGGACCUGGAAAGACGCUUUUGAUCAAUGGUGUGACGGGUACUUUAGGAUAUGCCGCCGUAGCGAUUGCUCUUGGUUUUGGCUGCACAAAGAUUCUGGGCAUCGGACGUAACAAAGAACGUCUCGCUGAGAUCGAAGGAAUGGCUACGAAAGGACGUAUUGCCGUUCGUUCCUCUGAAGAUGAGGGAGAUCUUGUCCAAUGGGUUAAGGAACAAAUGAAUGGAUUAGGUCCCGAUGGUCUUUACGAUUGUCUUGGUAAUGGAGGUGAGUCAGACGGUACCGCCAAACUGAUCAGCUCUUUGGCACGUGGUGGAAGAGUAGCAUUGGCUGCCGGUGGAGUGCCUGGUGAAAUCACUAAUACUUAUGGCAAAAUCAUGGCACAGGAUGUCAGUGUUAACGGGACACUGUGGUUCAACAGCGAGGAGAUAGAUGAGUGCAUCGAGCUGAUUGGAGCGGGAGUGAUUGACUUCUCAUUCCUUAGACACAAACUUUUCUCAUUGGAAGAGGUCAAUGACGCGUUUAAGACUGUGGGAGACCGUCCUGGUGGAGCUAUCAAUGUUAUUGUACAACCACAGGUAUAG